AUGAUGAAUAAUUUGUAUACUGAACCAGAAAUUGAAGAAUGGAGGAAUUUUUUGGAUGAAAAACUUACAGAAAAUAUUCUUAGUACUGGUUACUUGUCUUUAGAAAUUCCUGAAAGUUUUAAAUUAUCAAAAGUGACCCCUGAAAAUAGCUCAAGUUACCAAUAUAGUGUAAUGUAUACUCCUUGUGAUAUAAGAGAAUUGGCUCUUUACUGUGGAGAAGAACAAGACAGGUAUGUCUCUCAAUUUUUGAGAUUGAUAUUUGAGAAGUUACUUAAACUUGUUGAGAUUAAUGAUAUUUUUUCUUGCAAUAUUGGCUCGAAAAUCGCAUUUAAAAGCUCCAGAGAAUGUAAGAAAGCCAAAAUAGAUGAAACAAAUUGUGAAGACAGCAAAGUAUAUUCGUCUUUAACAUCAGAAUCAUCUCUUAAUGGUGAAAUUAAGCCCCAAGAAGAAAUUAAGUGGUUCACAUGUAGAACAGUAAGUGUAAAUAGUCACAGUCUUCCAUUAUCUACACCAAUCAACUGGCUUAGUUGCGAAGAUAUCGAACAUAUUCUCCAUACUGUAAAAGAUUCUUUUCAUUUGCAUGAUAUGUUUUAUUUAUGUUUUCCACUAAGACUCAAGCACUCAUGUACUCAUGAAGAUAAGGAUAGAAUUGGAAUAAAUGUAUCUGCCCAAAAGGAAAUGGUUAUCUUGUUGACUGAAAAGUUCUGUGAAUUCUCGAACCACGUAAAGAAGAGUAUAUACUUUAAUAGUUUAGUUGGAGAAAAUCUUGAAGGUGGUGAAAUUAAUAUUGAAACAAGUGAAAAGGCUGAACAAGUGAAACUGAUUGAAUCUAAGAACUGGAAUAAGUACUUUCCAAUGAACUCCCUUCGUGUCGGGCUUUUCAUGACUUUAAAAAUCUCAACCAUGAAUCUAUUUAAAAUGAAUCCUGGGCUUUUUCAAACUCCACUUUUCAUUAACCCCUUUUAUAACUCUACUUCUUGUCCUUCAUGUUACUUUUCAUGGCUUAGACUUAUUAAUUCCAAUGAUAUGAGUAAUAAGCCUUCAAGUUCCAAUGACUUUGAUGAUAUUGAAAAAGUAUUUAAUGAUGAAGAAAUGCUUAUUCUUUCCUUAGAAACCAAAGUUAGAAUAUUUCUUAAUGGUUCGUCUCCUCAUGAGGAGUAUAUAAAAGUUAGGAAGGUAGUCCCAAAGUGUGCUGAGAUUACUGGAGAGUUUGCUGAAAAUAUGCCAACUAAUUAUGCAGGUGAAGCAAUUUGGCCAGGAAUCACAUCUAAGGGAGCAUUCAAUCCAAAAGUUUUGAUUGGAUUGGUCAACUCCAACUCUAUGGUUCUCGGAGCCAAACUGAUUGGCAAUGCAAAUGAUGGUGAAUAUGAAAGAACCAGUAAUAGUAACAUUAAUACUGAGAAUCAGACCAAUUUUGAUAGUAGAGAAUCUUUAAAUGAAGGCAUUGAACAAUGGACUCAGGGAGGAGAAAUACUUUUUCGGAGCAAAUAUAAGAGCCUUGAAUUGUAUGAGGAGAACUUGGAGGACUUUAUUUUUGAGAAAAUCCACGGUGAAGACCCAAAUUGUUGUGGAUAUAAAAGAAAAAAAGACUUUCCAAAUGAUAUUACCAUAGGAAGCACCAGAUUAGUUAAAGUUUGUAGUAAAUAUACAAUGGUUCCAUAUUUUGGAUCCAGAAAUAUCGUGAAAAUAAAUGAUUCGCAAAUACAUGGUUGUUCUGCUUUAGGGAUUUCACAUAAUAAGCAAAGUCCAAGUAAAAAUAUAUCAGUAAACCUUCUUUCUCAAAUAUGCAGUUAUUUACCUCUUAGAGACUUCUCGAACUUCAGAUUGGUAUGCAGAACUCAUUGUUGCCGUACAAUAUUCAAUUCAUAUGUGCAAAACUUAACUUUAUUCGAAUCUGACUUGUAUUUACCAAUUCUUGGUCAGCUAUACCCACUAUUAUCAAAAGCAAAAUCCAUUUCAGUUAUCCAAACCUUGAAUGAUAAGAAGUUCAACUUUGAAACUUUUAAUUCUGAUCUUAACUAUAUUACGAAUUAUCAUCCCCAUUCCUACAGAAUCCCCCCAAUUGCGAUUCAGUGUCUGGCUGCCUAUACUCCCAAAGUGAAGAAGAUGAUUUUUACAAACCACUCAAAUGCUAACCUUGCAAAAAUCAUCUCAAGAGCCUCAGGAAGAAAGCCAGAAACUAUUGUAAUUUCCCAAAACUUUAAUAACCAUCAACCUACAGGAAUUAAUUUUAAUGUUGAUGAAAACCAUGAAAAUGAUGGAGAGGAGCAAAUUAGUCAAGAGAUCAUCCACUCUUUAGAAAACUCCGAUCAAACUGGCAGUAUCCCAAGUGAGCCGAAUAAUGGUAGUAUUACAGGUGAUAAUGGUAGUGAUGUUAAUAGAGAGGGAGGUAUUAGUAGAAGUGGAAGUAGUAUUAAUAAUAAUAGCAAUGAUAUAAGCGAAAACACUCAAUUCUCAAAUUCGAAUUUAUCAAGCAAUCCAGGUCAAAGCUCACAGGAAACCGAAAUCUCCAAUGCUGAUCAAACUUUACUAUUAAAUAUGCAAGCAUACCCAGAGAGUGGAGCUUUAGUAUCACCAAGUCUAAUAGAAAUCCAUAUAAUUGGAAGUAUCGAAUCGUCCAAUAGUCUCCCAACAAGUCUAUUCAGAAUUCCAAUUACGGCUCCUUUCAGAAAACUCAUUAGGUACUUUCGAGAUGUUGCAGCUAUUCAUGAAGGUAUUAUUGAUUUGUACAUUCUUAGAUAUGGAAUCAAAGAUAGACUUAUCCCAGAUUUAUCUCCAAUUGAUUAUGGCAUUUUAAGAGGUCCAACUGUUUUGUUUGCAAUAGGUUAUAAAACACUUCAAUACUCUCAGAAAAUAUGGAUUUCUCUUUUCCUUGUUGGAUCUGUACAUUUUCCUUAUCUUCCAAAACUCAGGUUUAAUGCAUCUAUGAGCACUCCCUUCUCUAGAUUGGCAGAAAGCUACUCGAGAAAUGUUAAUAUUUCUGUCACUGAUGUUAUGUUCAUAUAUAAGGACUCUGAAAUUGACCUUAAUCUUUCACCCCACGAUUACAAUGUUUCCGAGAACGACACAAUUGAAGUAAUUCUCAGAACCAGAAUUAAUAAUGAUAAUAACAGCAAUUCCAAUAUUAAUAAUCUAACCAACUUCACUUAA